CUGAUAUCAAGGGCAGUUAUAACUUGUUUACUGAAUGUAGUUUGUCAUUUGAGGUUGCGGUUAGUUUAGAUAUAAAAUGUCCUGCAGUAUAUUUAUUGAUUUGUUAUAAGAAAAACAGUUUUAAAGCAAGUGAUAACCGAUAAACAAAGUGUAUGUACGCAGAAAGUUUUAUUGUUAAACAGCAACCAUAGCAGUACCUACUUAGAGAUGUUGUGUGCAUUAUUUAAAUAAUGCCAGUGAAUUUUAUCGAUUGUGUUAGCUGUAUUAAAAUGGGAAAUGUUGAAGAAGGACAACUGCUGAGAGAAUGCGAAUAUGAUUUUGCUGAAGAUGCUCUAGACUACGAGGUUCAGCUAACUGAAGCAAGGGAGGUCAGGUUUACGCAGGCGCUGGUUGAACCCUUAUCGAUUGGAAGUCACAUUGUUUGCAGCGGCACGCCACACGAAGAUCUACCGUGGUUUGCUGUCAACAUAGGCUGCGGUGAUCCGGAGUCCAGGCGGGGAGACAUAGCUGUUCACUUCAAUGUCCGACUGCCACAGUGUUAUGUUGUCAGAAACACCCGGCGACAUGAGAAAUGGGGUGUGGAGGAAACUACAUCUUACAGGCCAUUUCCUUUCAAGACCACCGAACUGUUUACAAUAGAAAUAGUUGUUGACGAGAAGGAGACAUUAUGUGCGGUGAACGGUGAACACUACUGCAGCUACAGCCACAGAAACCCCAGCGUGGUAGCUGCUAGCUGGGUGCAAGUGACGGGCGUUAGAGACGCGACCUUAAGUAUUAAGAAGACUGACAUAUAUCCAACCUUGGCCUUAACGCCGCCUGAAGUUCCAACAAGGGAGUUCGUUAACUGCCCCGUGGCAGACACAGAACCCAUCUGUCGACCUAACAUGAUAGCUUCCUUGUCACACGGCAUUCCUGAAGGACACCAAAUUGUUAUAUCUGGCAGGUUAAGGCCGAUGCUACAUUCAUUCACAAUCGACCUGAUGGACACAGCUCAAGAGUGGCCGCGACCGAAUAUUCUGUUACACGUAAACUUGCGAGCGUACGCCGAGUCUCAGCUAGACCGACAGUUGGUAGUCCUCAACGCAUGGUUGGGCGCUUGGGGAGCAGAACGACGACAGCGUACCGCUAGGCUAAUACCUGGAACCAAGAGUACAUUCCGUAUAAUGCGAGGCACCACUCAAUGGUCCAUCUUCGCCGACAACAUCCUCAUUGGUGAAUUUGAAUUUCGAGCGUCAGCAAACGGAAUCAAAGCGGUCCGAAUCCGCGGCGAUCUCUACCCAGAAACCAUUUAUUUAUGCCCUAUUUCUAGUUCUCCUGUUGGCGAUAUGUAAACUUGUUAUACUGAAUUACAGGCUUAAAAUCUGGAUAUUAAUAAAUAAGUGUCCAGUAAAAAAUCGCGUGACUUCUUACUUCGAUUAUGUUUCCAAAAUCGAAAACUGUAUGUAUUUUAAACCAAGAAAAUUUAAGAAUAAUCGGACACUCUUUGUAAUUAAUACAGAAAAUGAGUAUAAAUAUCUUUCAUUAUACAAAAAUAGAUGUCUUAAUGACAUUGUUACUCUGUACCUACCAGUGACUGAAUAUACUCACGUAUAGAUGACCUGACUGUCAACUUUGAUAUUUUGUCAAAGUUUAGGUGAUUUAAUCGUCUUAUAAUUUUUGUGAUUUAAUAUUGAAAUACUAAUGCAAGGCAUGGGUUCACUGACCUGCAUAAAUAUUAAAUACCACUGGACAGGCUGUUACAUAUGUUUGACAGCAAAUUUUUUGUGCCUAUUUGAAGCGCCACUCGCGAGCGUCCAGAGAACUAAUUCUGACGUAUAAUACAAAUUUCUGCGAAGGAACGUACAAUACUCUGAAGUAUUUUUUCAUUAAUUUCGUUCGUUUUUUGUGUUAUUUAUACUUCAGGGAUCAACGUAAUAAAGUGAACAUUUUUUUUGUAAAUAGUUUCCCACCAUCUAUCGAUGUUUGCUGAGGUUGUCAUCACUAGUUUUAGUACCGUAGACUCUCGCUUGGCCAACAGCGCCAAAAUGGCGAAUAUCAAAUAGGCAAAUAAGCACCUUGACAGCCGCCAGUCCAGUGGUAUAAUAAAGUAGACGUUAGUGCUUGGGGACUUGUCAAUUAAAAUCGGUUGAGAGUCACAAUAGAUUCACUUAUCUUUUCUAUCAUGCUGUAUCUCAGUUUGAGAUGUUAUGCACACUUUGUUCAUCUUUAGGUACAUAAGUAUAUGGUACCUACCUACUUUACGAGUUAUGAAGUGAUUAAGCAAUACAAAACGCUAUGAAAUAUUGUUUAAUGCAAUACAUUUAUUUGUGAUAUUGGAAAUCUCUAUUAUAAUCUUUAAAAUUGGCUUUAGUUUAGAUAUAAGUAAUGCAAUAUUACAAAUCACGUUCACUAACUGGGCUCGUCGACUCGAGUGGAACGAGUCACACAAAUGCGCCUCCUAUGAAAUUAUAAUUUCAUCAGCGAUUCGACAAUUCGACUAAAUCUAAAAUAAAAUAUUACAGAUUUUACUAUACGAACGAAAAAUGUAUUUAAUGUAAUCUGAAUACAAAUUAGUCACUGUUUUUUACAGUUUAAGUGAUUUAGUUGCAAUCAACGGACCUCGUCGAUGCCAACCAUUAUAAUAUACAUAGUUUUAUACUUAGAUUUUGUAAGAACCUUUCUACAUCACACUUUUUAUAUUAAUUAUAAUAUCGUUACAGCUAGGAUAGGUAGAUGCUUCUAGAUCAAACUUGAAUCUUCUAGAACCGACUGUCACGCCGCAGGCGUCCCGCAUCGUAGAGUUAGAAGAGGUCAACGACCGUUGUUACGUGUUUCGUUGAAGCAUCACUUACUCGUACCUGUAUUAUAUCAAUGGAUUUCGGUCAUUCAUUUAUUUAUUUAGCACUUGUCAUUUAUUAGUAAACUGUACUUACAACAAGUUUUGAAUUAUUAAUCGGCAAGAGUAUGUAGUAGUCGUAGAUUUAAAAAAAAUAUAUUUUAGAAAAAUAUAUUAUGAUGACAAAAAGUUUCCGAAAGCCCGUAUUUUUCGCUAUUAUAUUAUAUUUCGUCUUGAAAUGCUUAAUAUAUCUCGUAGGUAUAUUAGGUAUAUGCGUGAUUACGAUGCGUACGAAAUCCAGGACAGAAUAUAGUUAUCAUAAUUAUAUUACAGCCUAUCCAUGAGCCACUCACAUGAUCUGACUACACGUUCGUUCGUGAGUUAUAAAAGGACAUAUUAAAUAGAAUACAUAUAGACAGACGGAGAAAUAUUUAUAAAAUCAUAUAAUUUGUAGACAGACUGAAAACAAAAAACAAUGUUAUUACAUAUAGUUCUUAUUUAUUUUCUUUAUGAAUUAUGAUUGUUAAUAAAUAAACCAUUUCAUUCUAGUCUCUAUUCUGUCAUAGCCACUUUAUAUAUUUGACAGUUGACAUAUUAAAAGUUGACACAUAACAUACUUAACUACUCAGGCAUACGGCAAGUACUGUUACGUUCCGGCGCCAUAUUUUGUAAACUUUUGUUUAUAAUUUCUAAUCUACCUGUUCAAAACUAUACCUACAUUUUUCGUCUUCAUUCUAUUAUAUUUUCAAAGAGAAAUAACACUUCAUAAAACCAGAAAUUGAAUGAGGCGUGCGUAUUUCUAAGUGCUUCAGAGUUCAGAUCGACUCACUCCGCUUUCCGGUCGAAUUUCAAAAUGCUUCAGUUUGACUUACUCGGCACGCCAUGGGUUGGCAAUCUAAAAUGAGGAUUAAGGAUCCAACAUUUACAAAUUUAAAUAUAAGUAUUUGUAUGAACCAGCGCUGAACAUUUGUGAUGCUUCUCUAUUACCUACGCAUUUAAAAUUGUUAUAAGAGUCUGUUAAAUAUUAUAUAUCAUUUAUUUUAUAUACCUAAUGUUGUUAUUUCGAUUGUGUUUUAAUAAAUGUACCUGAAAAAUGUUAA